AUGGACUCCCUACCUAAGGCGCUUGCCGCUUUCCAUUGGGUUGACCCCCUGAUUGCCUCACAGCCUACUCCUCUCACCCCUGGCUCAAGAGGCUUUAACUCAGAUGGUUCUCUCCACCCCUUGGGUACAAGCUCUGCAUGCAAGUAUCCCUGGACAGGCUAAAUCGCCCACACACGCUAUGGCAAAUUAUCUGCUAAAUUGACUAGACUGGGCUCCUGUGCUGCCAGAGGUGUGGAUGUGGACACCAUCUCGGGGGCCCAGAUUGCAAUGGCCUUCAUUUCUACAUGGCUGACAUACAGGAAGUAUCCGCACAACGGCCUGGAGCAAGACAAGCUCCUUGAUAUCAGCGACCCGCUGACUCAGACUAUUCCAAUGGCUGAUGACGCUCUGAAUGAAGAAACACCGGUGGAUGCGCACCUCCUUCGUGAAUGUGUCCAACAUACAAUGUGCUUGUGUGACCUUACCAUGGAGCGCCGCAAGGCGGCUCUUUACACACUGGACUAG